AUGUCCCCGGGAGGUGGUGAAGUUAUUGAAGAAGAAGCCCGCGCAUCCGUCGUAAAAGAAGUCAUCAACCAGCCCGGCCGGAACGAUAUCUUCGUUGGGGACCGACCGAACCAAAUCGCCCUAGCCAGCGGGGCCCUGAUCGACGGGUUCAACCCCGGAUACGGGUUCAACCCUGGAUACGGACCGAUGGGUUAUCAACUUUGCACUCAGUGCCGCCGUUACUGGCAUACAUCCUUCUCCGAGACCGUCUGCUACCGCUGCCGCAAUGCCGUCGGCUACCGCGGCGGCUACUUCGACGACCGCUCCAGCAUCAGCUACGGCUCCGGGUACGGCUACGGCCACGGCUACGACCGUGGGUACGGACACGGUUAUGGACACGGAAACGGUUACGGUCACGGUUACGGUCACGGUUACGGCCACGGUCACGGCUGCUGUCGGUGCUCCUACUGCGAACGCGUUAGGUAUUCGGGGGACUGCGGGUGCCGUGGAAACAUCAGUAUCUGCAGGGACCGGUGCGGGAGGCCAGCGCUGUGCCGGCCGUGCCCGAAGAGGCUUGCUUUUGAGAAGAAGAUCGUGAAGCGGUACUACUGCUGA